UAAUCAAGUCCGCGAAAUUCAAGAGAAUCCUCAUAUCCAUUUUAUCUUUUUAUGUAGAUAUUUAAAAGAUAAUUUGCUAUAUAUUAAAAUAGCUGCUGGGUCAGGUAUUAAAAAUUUUGAAGUCCAUUUAUUUUAAAUUUUCAACAUUAAACAAAUCAUUGUAUUAGGAAAAAGACCUACAUGAAACACCGAUUCUCGUAAUUUUUUUCCAUUGAUUUUUCCGAUCAUUAAGCUGUAUGUACUGUAUUUUGGCAGAGAGGACGAAGGUUAAAAAUUAUCUUUUUAUCUGAAUGAUAGAUAAGUUGUUGCUUGGUAAAGUGUGUCAGUUGUUAUUUUUAAAGAGACAAUGGCAAACGUGUCUUUGAAGUCCUUAACUAUUCUGUGUUCACUGCCUUUCAUCAGUGGUUGUUUUGUGGGAUGGUUGGGAUUCCAGGACAAAUGCUAUUUCUUUAGCCAUACUACGGCCUCUUGGGCAGAUGCUGGAAGUACUUGUACACAGCUUGGUUCUAAACUCGUUGAACCAAAAACAAUGGAGGAGGCCUGGUUUCUUAUCAGCCACAGCCAGAAUUUAGGUAAAGUAAGUUGUUGUUUCUGGAUGGGGAUGUCAGAUUUAGUGGAGGAGGGUAGGUGGGAGUAUUCGUCUACACAUGAUCGUGUAACACUUGACUUGUGGCAGCCUGGAGAACCAAAUGCGCAUACAGAAGAGAACUGCAUGCUUAUGUGGCAGCCUUUUCACGGCAAAUGGGGAGACUAUUUCUGUAAUAAAAUGAUUAACUUUGUUUGUGAAAUCGAUAAUGGAGAUCCUCCCCAGGUAGUUGGAUAAGAUGUAAGAUAGACAGA